CCCCUCGCUCCACCACCAAAACCCACGCAGAACGGGGACGGCGACUACUUUGGAAAUACCAGUCACCUCUCGAAAGAGCCGAAUCCAUUUGAGAACGCCUUUGGCAACCCUGCCGAGACACCGGGCAAGACGCAGUUACCAGGUGUAACUAGCCUUACGUCGCCAGCGUCGCUUUUACCUGGCAACACACCCGGCUGGCCCGGUUCUCUUCGUCAAGGUCCAUUGAGUCCUGCUAUGCUCACCGGCCCAACUGGAUCGAACGACUAUUUCAACAGCGAUCACCACUUUGCUGGAAGCUUCCCGACUCCCAACGAGUCGUCCCUUCGCACUGGCUUGACGCCUGGCGGUGGCGGGUCCAUGUUCCCGCAGCCAUCGCCCAAUUCUCAAGCAUUGUACAAUCAACUGCAGAGUGGAGGAGCCACGCCCGGUACUCUGGACUUCCAUCGCACGGCAAUGACAGCUCGAGCGCAGACACAGGCCAAUAGCUACAUUGGCUCACAUCCUGCAACAAGCCAGCCGCAACAAAAUCCCAACAUCCAGCCCGACCUCGACAGCAAGCCGUACAACCCGAAUGCGAGUGCACAACAAGACAACCAAGAUCCGUUCGGAUCACAUCAAAGUAACGAGGCUGCCAACGGUCUCUUUAUGCUGGCACAGGCUGGUGGUCAGCAGCGGAAUGCGCAGAGUUAUACCAUGGCACCGCAGCAACCAGGCUACCAGCAGACCGUACAAGACAACCGUGGCGGAAACAAAGCAAGCAUCGGCAGCAAUAUCUCCGGUAGCACAGAAGGAGUCGACCAGUACUCUGAGGAAGAUACCAAGUCCAACUCUCGCAACACACGCGGCAAGAAGGGCGCUGCCGGAAAGGCCGCGAAUGGCAAGAGGAAAGCCGAAGAGACACCUGCCAAAGGACCUGCGAGCAAGAAGGGUCGUGGUGCCAGUGCCAUGUCGGAAGAACCUGAUGAUAUGGAAGGUAGUCCCGAAGGCGACGACGAAAAUCUGGAUGAUAAAGGCAAGAAGAUGACCGAUGAGGAGAAGCGCAAGAAUUUCCUUGAGCGAAAUCGUGUCGCCGCCUUGAAGUGUCGGCAACGCAAGAAGCAGUGGUUGGCAAACUUGCAGCAGAAGGUCGAGAUCUUCAGCACAGAGAACGACGCACUGGCCGCAACUGUCACUCAGCUUCGUGAGGAAAUAGUCGGCCUCAAGACAUUGCUACUGGCGCAUAAGGAUUGCCCAGUAUCACAAGCACAGGGUAUCUCAGGUAUGGCCAUGCAACAAAUAGCCGGCGAUACUCAGCAUUACGCCAACCCGUAUGGAAUG